AUGAGGAAAUACCUUGGUAGCACAAAAAGGAACAACAAUAAUAGUAAUAAUAAUGAUGAUAAUAACAUAGAUCAAUAUAACGAUAAUUAUAACUCAGAAAAAGCCUGUAUAACAUUGGUAAGAGCAACAUUACUACCUAUUUUAAGUAUAGGGAAGAAUGAGAAAACAACGUUGUUUCAUCCAUUUAAGAAUCCAUUACCGGGUUUUGUAAGUGAUAAAAAUUUAUAUUUCAAAAAGACAUUAGGAGCUAAAGUUAGAAGAACAGGAUGGUUGAACUUCACACAUAAUAAUAUACCUAGAAAAUCGGAUGAAACAGAUGAGCAGAAUAAUAAUAAAGUAAACGAAAUAAUAAGAAAGUUUGAACCGUUAGUUUUGUUUGAAAAUGAAGAUAAUAAAAUUCAAGUAGAUCCAAUUUUAGCUCAAUUUUUAAGAGAGCACCAAAGAGAAGGAGUACAAUUUGUUUUUGAAUGUUUAAUGAAUUUAAAAGAUAAAAAGAUUAGUGGAUGCAUAUUAGCAGAUGAUAUGGGACUUGGUAAAACUUUACAAAGUAUAACUGUCUUGUAUACUUUAUUAAAACAAGGAUUUAAUAAAAAACCAGCAGUUAGAAGAUGCCUAAUUUUAUGUCCAGCUAGCUUAAUUAAUAACUGGAAUGAUGAGAUAAAUAAAUGGCUCCCAUUUAGAUGUUCAGUUACUUGUGUUAAUGAUAACGCUAAGGAAAAAAUUGUAAGUAAAUUAGAAGGUUUUAAAUAUGAUUUUAAGUCUACUAUUCUUAUAUGUUCAUAUGAAUGUUUUAGAAUUAAUAAUGAAGUUCUUGAUAAAUCUUCCAUAGAUAUGAUAAUAUGCGAUGAAGCACAUCGUUUAAAAAAUGAUAAAACGAAAACGUAUAUUAGUAUAUAUAAAUUAUCUGCUAAGAAAAGAUUAUUAUUGUCAGGUACUCCUAUUCAAAAUGAUUUAGGGGAAUUUUUUGCAUUAAUAUCAUUAUGUAAUCCUGAUUUGUUUGAUGAUACAAUUAUGUUUAGGAAAAAAUUUGCUAAUCCUAUACUGAUUGGUAGAGACAAAGAUGCAACAGUGAAAGAGCAAGAAAUAGCUUCAGAAAGAUUAGCUGAGUUGUCUAAUAUUACAAAUAAAUUUAUCCUAAGAAGAACAAAUAAUUUAUUAUCUAAAGUAUUACCUGUUAAAUAUCUUAUUAACAUUUUUAUUAAACUGAACCCAAUUCAAGAAGCUUUAUAUGUAUUAUUUUUGAAGGACAAGAAAAUUUUAAAAAAUGAUCAUUCGAAUAGUAAAGUUAACGUUCUCAUCAAUAUUAAAAAGUUAGAGAAAAUAUGCAACCAUCCACUCUUGUUGAAUGCAAAUGAUAUAAAGGACAUUGGACAUAUACCUCUCUCCAGGUUGUUAGAGGACGUAAUUACACAGUUUGAAAAGUCGUCAAAGGGAAGCAAGUCUUUGAACAAGAGCGGGGGGAGCAUCUCCUCCUCGUCCGCAGCGACUGCAGCGGUAGGAGGUGGGUCUAGCGCUGUGUCUGGUGGUACGUCUGGCAUUGCUUCAUCCACCGCUUACUCCAGUUCUGCCUUAGAAUGCGAUAAUAUAAGGGAACGAAGAAAAGCAGUAGAGAUAGACUACGAUAAAUCGGUAAAAAGGCUGUUAGAAGAAUGUAGGAGAGAUACGUACAGGUGUUACUACAAUUUAUCUUGCAAAUUUCAGUUAUUACAUUUUUUGCUUAAAAAUAUUAAACACAACACAACCGAUAAAGUAGUCAUUGUGAGUAAUUAUACACAGACGUUAGAUUAUAUGGAAAUAUUAUGUAAAGAAAAUUUUUACAAAUUUGUUCGAUUAGAUGGUGGAAUAAGUAUAAAGAAAAGGCAUAAAGUAAUAAGUGAGUUUACCCAUUCAGAAGAUAUUUUCAUUUUUCUCUUAUCUUCAAAAUCUGGAGGAUGUGGUAUUAACUUAAUAAGUUCAAACAGAUUAGUGUUGUUAGAUCCAGAUUGGAAUCCAGCAAAUGAUAAACAAGCAUUAGCUAGAGUAUGGCGUGAAGGUCAAAAAAAAAUAUGUUUCAUAUAUAGGCUAUUUUGUACAGGUACUAUUGAUGAAAAAGUAUAUCAAAGACAAAUAAGUAAAGAUGGUUUAUCUUCUAUGAUUGUAACAAAUACAAAUUUAUCAAAAGAUCAACUAUCAGAUGAAAACGUAAAAAAGCUUUUCAACUACAAAAUGAAUACUAUAUGUGAAACCCAUGAUAAUAUUGAAUGUAAUAGAUGUAAUUCUAAAGAUGCUUCAGAAAAUUAUUCGGAGCAGUUAGAAGAUUUUGAAGAAGAUGAUGUAAAUACAUGGGCUCAUCAUCAAAAUAUGGAUACAGUACCAGAUGAAAUCUUAAUUAAAGCAGUUAAAGAUGCUAGUGAUUUUAAAAUAAAUGAUUUUAACAACUCACCAAUUCUUAAAAAACUUACCACCAAAUUUGUUACAUUUGCUAUGAGUUGUAAAAUUGAAUUUAGAGAUGAUCUCAUUAAGCAGAAAGUCAAACAGACUAAGAUUUGCCAAGGGGAAGAGGGGGUACAACUGAAGGGUUCGGAGGGGAAGACGGUCAAGGGGGGAAAGAAGUGCAGAGGUGGUUUGGAUGACGAUGAAGAGGAUGAGGAAGAGGAAGAGGAAGAAGACUUUUAUGAAGGGGAGGACGAGGACGACGACGACGACGAAGAAGCGGAUGACGAGGAGGAAGAGGAAGAGGAAGACGAAAAUGUUGAAGAAGAUGAGAACGAUGACGAAGAGGAGGAGGAGGAUGAUGAGGAGGAGGACGAUGAUGAUGACGGUCCGAGUGCGAGAAGAAAAACAAGCGGAAAGGAAUAUGCACACAAGCUCCUCGAAAUAGUGGAGUAUCAAAAGGAAAAGAAAAAAGAACAACUUAACAAAAAAAAGGAAGGGAAAAAUGGCAAGAGAAGCAGGGAGUGCAGUGGUGAGGAUAGUAUCCAGGAUAGUGGUAAAGAGAGUGAAGAGGACAGCGAUGGGAGCAGCAAUGACAAGAAGGGGGAAAAAAAAGGAAACAAACAUAGGGACCGGGGGAAGGAGGGCAAAACGAGUAAGAUCAGGUCCAAGAGCGAUGAAAAUAUAAACACAAACGAUGAAGUUAGCAUGAGAGUAACCAGAAACAUGAGCCACAGAAAUUUAGUCGAAUUGCUAUCACAAGACGAAGAUUCAAAAGUUAUCCCAUCCAUAUCCGAUGACGCAGAUGCUUCCGUCGAGAAUGUAAGCACGGAUAGUUCAUACUUUAUAUGA